GCCGACCCCCGUUUAUUGCGGGCCGUGUUUUCUAUGUUGGGACAGACCGACAGAGGACUUGGCCGUCAGGCCGCCUGUUAGUAGGGUGCUCCCUGAAGCCGCUGCUGCCGGCGGGCAGCCCUCCGGCUCACCAGCCCACCACCACCACCAGCACCGGUCUUGGCAGCCUUGUCCCUGCGCUUGGCUGGCCGCCUCCCUCUCUUGGCCCCCUCUGAGUCAGAGGAAGACUCUUCGUCCCCACUGCUCGUUAGGCCGCCCAUUGCGUGGUCCGAUUGUAAACUACUGAACGCUCAGACCUGACAUGCCGCGAUUGGGGGCUGCGGUAUCGCCCUUUGGAGUCCUCAUUCUCGCACUCGCCUCCUGGGUAAGCCGGAAGGAAAAAAAACUGAAGGCAGGCCAAGCAACCCUGUAACGGCCGGCUUCUCCUUGUCUGUCAGGCGCCACUCGAGCUCGAGGCCGGCAGCACACGACCAUCACGUGGUGUGGCCUCCCACCAUGGCACACACAGUGUCUGCAGCUUUGUCGUCUCGUCUGUCUGUCUGCAGGUUGGCCGCCAGCUCUGCGGUCUCUGCAAGACGGGGGCAGGACCAAAGGGCCUAUGUGCAGCAGUGAGUGCCUCAAGCACUUUGCGGGUGACCACAGCUGCGACGAGCAAUGCGACACGGAGGAGUGCGACUGGGACGGGCUCGACUGCCACGUCGCCGUGGCGGCGCCGGGCGAUCAUGGUGGUGAUGGCGACGGUGACAAGAAGCCCAUUACCGCGGAUGGAGGCAUCCUUCCAAGACGUCCGUAGGCAGACAGACAGGCAGGCAGGAAGGAUUCAUUUAGCAAGCACUGCGGAAGCGCACGCGUCUGUGCGUGGCUGGUGUGGUGUGUGUCUUUCGUCCAGCGGUUGUGCAUCCGCCGAGCGCUGCGUUCGAGAAUGUGGGAGCGAGCGGCGAGGGCAGCUGCAGCAACGAGGAAUAUACUGUCUUCCCCGCGUCAUCGUACAAGAUACUCUACGACACCGACAUGGAGAAAUGCGCCUUCGAGUGCCUCAACAGAUUCCAAGAGCCAUUCAUCUGCUGGUCAGUCAGUGUGCCCCUCCCCUCCCCUCUCCCUCUCCCUCCGUCCCUCUCUCUCUCUCCCUCCCUCCCUCCCUCGUCGCUUGGUCGUUAGUCACGCUCUCUGCGCCUUUUUCUUUCGCAGGAGUUUCGAGCACCACGUCGACACGGACAAGUGCGUGCUGCACUCGAUGAAGGCCACCAAGACACUCUCCGUCGCCAACACCAAAGUGAUCUGCAUGAGGUACCCUGAUGGAGAGGAUGCCGACGACACUGUCACUGGCCAGUCCACAUAAUAUGAUUGCUGACGGGAGAGGGAGUGAGGGGGACAGCACGCGACAGGCGUGAAUUCAGGAGUAUGAUGCCGUCCGUAUUUUUCGGCUCACUCAGCAGCAGUCGACUCCGAUGGGUGG